UACACCUAUCCCUUAACCAUGAAUUCCCAACUUCACACCCAAAAACAAGCUAAAAUUCUCUCAGAGACCCUGAUCAAACACCUUCUGAUUCUAAUUCCUGCAAGGUGUUCGACCAUGUCCUCAAUGAAAUCCGGUGAUGAAUUCUUGUCCCGGCGUUGCAUGUGGGUGAACGGUCCAGUAAUCGUCGGUGCCGGGCCAUCAGGCUUGGCUGUUGGCGCGUUGUUGAAACAACAAGGUGUGCCUUUCAUCAUCCUCGAGCGUGCUGAUUGCAUUGCUUCACUCUGGCAAAAACGUACUUACGAUCGCUUGAAGCUUCAUUUGCCUAAGCAAUUCUGUGAACUCCCCGGUCUCAGCUUUCCGGCCAACUAUCCAGAGUAUCCAUCCAAGAAACAAUUCAUUGUUUAUCUUGAGAAUUAUGCAAAGUCCUUCGGUAUCUCACCGAGAUUCAAUGAAGCAGUGAACGAGGCUGAAUAUGAUCAAACAUGCGGGUUAUGGCGUGUGAAGACUAGCAAAGCUGAGUACAUUUGCAGACGAGUUGUAGUAGCCACUGGAGAAAACGCGGAGAAGCUCAUUCCGAUUAUACAAGGAAUGGAUGAGCUAGCAAGACCGGUGAUCCACGUCUCUGACUAUAAAUCCGGAGAAGAGUUUAGACACAAGAAAGUGCUAGUCGUCGGUUGUGGUAACUCCGGCAUAGAAGUAUCACUUGAUCUAUGCGACCACAACGCGAUACCAUCUUUAGUUGUUCGCGAUUCAGUGCAUGUAUUGCCAAGAGACAUCAUGGGGAAGUCGAUAUUCGGUAUCGCGAUGUUUCUAAUGAAAUGGUUGCCGGUUUGGAUUGUCGACAAAAUCCUACUACUACUCUCAUGGUUUGUGAUUGGAAACAUUGCAAAAUUUGGGUUGAAAAGGCCAUUGGCAGGGCCAUUGGAGCUGAAGAACAGCAAAGGAAAGACCCCUGUUUUGGAUAUUGGAGCAUUGAAUAAAAUCAAAUCAGGUGAAAUCAAAGUAGUUCCUGGUAUAAAGAGGUUCUCUGAAGGCAAAGUUGAGCUUGUUAAUGGCCUUGUUCUUGAUGUUGAUGCUGUUAUUCUUGCCACUGGCUAUUUAAGCAAUGUCCCUUCUUGGCUCAAGGGGAGGGAGUUGUUUGGAAAGGAUGGGUUUCCAAUGAAGGGAUUUCCAAAUGGAUGGAAAGGAGAAAAGGGUUUGUAUGGAGUGGGGUUCACAAGGAGAGGAAUAUCUGGAGCUUCAAUGGAUGCAGUAAGAACAGCAAUGGACAUUGCAAGGAUAUGGAAAGAGGAAACUAAGCAGCAAAGACAACAACAGUUGAUUGCAUCCUAGUAUUUGUGUGUAUGUUUUUUUAUUUCCUUUUUUAUUUUAGUUUUUUGGUUUUGGAUUUUGAGUUUUGUUUAUCAGUUUUGGAUGGUACUGACUCACUGACAAUGUACAAACAAAC